AUGUCUGAAAGUCAACAACAAACUGGAACUAUGAAAAGAACUUAUAAUAAGAGAUGUGCUCAAUUACAAUCGAAUGAGAAUAUCAAUUUACAAAAUUGGAAUAAACUGAAUAAUCAAAAGUUACGUAAACCUUUAGCAAAUUUGUCAAAUACCUAUACAGGAUCAGAAAAUGAAUGUCCUAUUAAAUUUGAUAGAUCUCUUAAUAAAACACUGAAAACAUAUUCGGCAUCAUCAUCAUCAUCUUACGGGAAUACAGAUUCAAUGAAUAUAACUCGACGUAAUGAAAGAGAAAGAAAUCGUGUGAAAUUAUUGAAUAUGGGAUUUGAUCGUCUUCGAGCUGUAGUUCCAUGUCGUUCAGGUGAACAAUUAAGUAAAAUAUCAACUUUGAAAAAAGCAAUAUGGUAUAUUGAACAUUUGGAUAAAGUAUUACAUGGGCAGGAAAAUUCAUGUUCUAAUUUGAUUAAUCAGUCAACAGAUUAUACUGAUAAAGAUGCAACAUGUACAAAUAAUAAGAUCAAACAAACCAACUCAUUUAUAUCAUCAUCACUACCUAAAUCAGCUGGACUAUUUGAAAUCAAUCGCAACGAAGUAAGAUCAGGGACCUCCUGUUCAUCUUUCGAGAAGGUUAUGCCACCAUACGGAGACAUAUCUAUUCAAGAAAGAAGAUCAGUAAAUCAAUUAUACCUGUCACCGAUAUUUCCGACUCAUUGGGACCAAAACAUUACUACUUAUAGUAAUACUAAUAAUGUUAUUAAUAAUAAUAAUAAUAAUAAUAAUAAUAAUAAUAAUCACAAUGAUAUUAAGGAAAUAACAUCGACACCAAUAAUUGACUCAACUCCAUACAAUAUGUUAAAUCCUAUUAGACAGAAUGAUAGAACUGGAAAACAUCUAUUAUCUAAUUCUACUUCAUCAUUCACUGAUUCCGGUUAUGAUAGUUCUAAAUCUCAAGUUGAAUUAUUAUCAAAAAUCAAUCAUCAUUAUUCAUUAUCAACAUGGUAUAAUGUUGGAUGUAUGCCAACAACCCCGAUUUCAUCAUUAGCAAAUUCAUCAGUGAUUAAUUCAUCUAAUUUAUCAUCUAAAAAUCAAUCGACUUUAAAUUUAUACAAUAAUGUUUCUCAUCUUCAAUGGUUAUUAAAUGAUGAUAAUUAUAUGCAUAAACUAAAUGGAACAUGA